AGGAUAGAAAAUGUGAAAACUUUGUGGCUGUCACCUAACCGAUAUUCUUCCACUAAUUUGCAUUUUCUGCAUAAAACUACGGUAGAUCGCCAACUAGAGCUGGUCAAUGUAUAUUUUUCAAAUGCGACUUUCUCAAGUCCAACUUCUCCAUCUCAGAUGAUCACAAAAUAUAUUCACGAUAGCAAAUACUGGCGGCCAUUAAUGAAGAUAUCUCUUUGAUAUCAGACACCAUUAAUAUUACUACUUGAAAAUCUCUUUCAGCAGGUGAAUCUCGACAAUCCUCACCUACUGUAAGAUGGGCAUCCCUCUGUUCUCGUUCUUUUUCAUUUGCUGCUUUCUUUCAUUGUUUUGCCGUGCAGCCAAUACAAUCACACAAGGCCAAUCCUUUAGCGACGGCCAAACUGUGAUAUCAGACGGUCAGAACUUCGAGCUGGGAUUCUUUAGCCCUGGAAAUUCAUCGUUACGAUACGUUGGAAUAUUGUAUUACAACAUUACGGACCGAUCGGUCAUAUGGGUUGCAAACAGAGAAAAUCCAAUCUCUGAUAAAUCCGGCUUCUUUAGGAUUGGAGAUGACGGUAAUUUGAUGGUUUUCGAUGGAAAUAACAAUUCGGUGUGGUCAAGUAAUGCUUCAAUCCCAUCAAAAAACACAACAGCAAGCCUUGGUAGUGACGGAAAUCUCAUCCUCUCUGGCAGUGACAAACAGAUGAUCUAUUGGCAGAGCUUCAAUGAUCCUACAGACACAUAUUUGCCUGGGAUGAGAGUGGAAGUGAAUGCUCAAAUAGGUGAGAAGCGAGCUUUCACUUCUUGGAAAUCUGCUAAUGAUUCUUCAACAGGAAGCUACUCCAUGGGGGUUGAUCCUCGUGGCUCACCACAGAUAGUGAUAUGGGAGGGAGAGAAUAGGCGGUGGAGAAGCGGGCAAUGGGAUGGAAGAAUUUUCUCAGGCGUUCCAAAUAUGACAGCAAACUAUAUGUAUGGUUUUGGACUUUCUGAUCCGAUGAAUGGAAGCAGUUAUUUUACUUAUACCCCACACAACAGUGAGGAUAAGUUGAGGUUUCGGAUAAGUUGGGAUGGAUAUGAAGAGCAGUUCAUUUGGGAAGAAGAUAAGGGGAAGUGGGGUGAAUUGCAAUCUCAGCCGGCUAACGAAUGCGAGCUCUAUAACAAGUGUGGUGAUUUUGGGGUUUGUACUGUGUCGGAUUCACCUAUAUGUAGUUGUAUGAAAGGAUUUGAUCCAAGGUACCCAAAUCAAUGGAAUAUGGGGAAUUGGUCUGGUGGGUGUGUGAGGAGGACUCAAUUGCAGUGUCAGAGGAAUAUGACAGUGGGAAAUGAUGGAGAAGACGGGUUCUUUGAUAUGAAGUGCAUGAAGUUGCCAGAUUUUACAGAUUUGACACAGGUGGGUUUCAAUGAGAGUUGUGAGGAUAAGUGUCUGCAGAAUUGUUCUUGUACUGCAUAUGCAGAUGUUGAUGGGAUUGGGUGCAUGAUAUGGAAUGGGGACUUGAUUGAUGUUCAGCAUUUUCCAACAGGUGGGAAUACAAUACAUAUCCGUCUUGCAUAUGCUGACUUAGGAGGUGGCAAGAGCAAAUUAUCCACCCCUGUGGUAAUAAUAAUUGCUGUAGCGGGAGUUGUCCUCCUAGGUGUAUUCAUAUUCCUACUAUGGAGGUUCAAAACAAAACUGAAAGUUGCAUGUUGCAAGAACAGCCAUGACAUACCAAUUUUAGAAGUGAGCAGAAGUGGAGAGUUUUCUGCAGAUCUUUCAGGAUCAAUUGUUGAUCUUGCCAUUGAAGGAGAUCAAGGAAAUAGACCAGAAUUACCAUUAUUCAAUUUCAGUUGUGUGGUCAUUGCUACAAACAACUUUUCUGAAGAAAACAAGCUUGGGGAGGGCGGAUUCGGUCGUGUCUAUAAGGGGAAGCUUCCAGGGGGACAAGAAAUAGCUGUAAAGAGACUUUCAAGAAGAUCUACUCAAGGUUUGGAAGAAUUUAAGAAUGAGAUUAUACUGAUUGCCAAACUACAACAUAGAAAUCUUGUCAGACUAUUAGGCUGCUGCAUUCAAGGGGAAGAAAAGAUGCUGCUAUAUGAAUACCUGCCAAACAAAAGCUUGGAUGGCUUUCUUUUUAACCAAACCAAGCGGUCACUGCUAGAUUGGAGGAAACGUGUCACUAUUAUUGAAGGGAUUGCAAGAGGACUCCUUUAUCUCCAUCGAGAUUCGAGGUUGCGAAUAAUUCAUCGGGAUCUAAAGGCGAGCAACAUUUUGUUGGAUGAAGACAUGAACCCGAAGAUUUCAGACUUUGGCAUGGCCAGGAUAUUUGGAGGAAACCAACAUGAAGCCAAUACAAACAGAGUUGUUGGCACCUACGGCUACAUGUCUCCUGAAUAUGCUAUGGAAGGCUUAUUCUCAGUGAAAUCAGAUGUCUAUAGUUUUGGGGUGUUACUCCUCGAGAUUGUAAGUGGCCAAAAGAACACUAGCUUUCGCUUAUCUGAACACUUGAGCCUUAUCGGAUAUGUAUGGCAUCUUUGGAAUCAAGAAAAAGCAACCGAGCUCAUUGAUCCUUCUAUUCGGGAUGCGUGUUCUCGAGAUGAAGCAUUGAGAUGCAUUCAAGUGGGGAUGCUGUGUGUCCAAGAUUCUGCAGCUCAGAGACCAACUAUGUCAAAUGUUGUGUUAAUGCUAGAGAGUGAAAGUGCAAGUCUUCCAUUGCCUAGACAACCUACUUUUACUUCGAUGAGGGACAGCUUUGUAGAGACAGAAUCCUAUACAGAUGGCCCUGACAUCGUAUCCUCAAACGAUAUGACUGUUACAAUGAUUUUGGGAAGAUAGUAUUUUUUUCCCUUUCU